AACCGUCCGGAUGGCCAGCGACGCCCAGGCGAGGCGGGGUACCUCCGCCGAUGAGGCCGACAUGGAGGUCGACCGGGUGGUGGAUGACGCCCGGGACACCGGGUACGACUCGGGCGAGGAGGGCGGCCAGAGGGUGGACGACGACAUAUACAUCCCGCCGCCUCUGAAGGCCUUCAAAGAGGUCGACGGGCCCAGGCUCAUGAUCGCCAAGAUCGUCAACAAAAACUUCAAGAGCUACGCCGGCACGCACGUGAUCGGACCCUUUCAAAAGAGCUUCUCGGCGAUAGUGGGUCCUAACGGUAGCGGCAAGAGCAAUGUGAUAGACUCUAUGUUGUUUGUGUUCGGCUACCGAGCCAGCAAGAUCAGGUCGAAGAAGAUUUCUGUCCUGAUACACAAUUCCAGCGAGCAUCCGCAAUUGAACAGCUGCACCGUUUCUAUACAUUUCCAAAGAAUUGUCGAUAAGCCUGGUGAGGAAUACGAGGUUGUUCCUGGUAGCGAGUUUGUUAUAUCUAGGACAGCAUUUAAGGAUAGUUCAUCGUAUUAUGAGCUUAAUAAGAAGAAAGUACAAUUCAAAGAGAUCGCCAAACUCUUGAGGUUUCAUGGAGUUGAUUUGGAUCACAAUCGUUUUUUGAUAUUGCAGGGUGAAGUAGAGCAGAUUGCGUUGAUGAAACCCAAGGCUACAAAUGAAAACGAAACUGGAAUGUUGGAAUUUCUGGAGGAUAUUAUUGGCACGAAUCGCUAUAAAGAACCCUUGGAGAAAUUAGCGUAUAAAGUUGAGGAAUUAACAGAACGUAAGAUGGAGAAGCUCCAUCGUCUUAGGGUCGUGCAAAAGGAGAAGGAGGCUUUGGAGGAGCCUAUGCAAGAGGCAAUGCAGUAUUUAAAGACAGAGAACGCAAUAAUCAGACUGGAGCAUCAGUUUUAUCAUUGCAAAAGAUCCGAGACAGUAAAGGAGCUUGCCGAGUGCGAGGAGACGAACAGUAACUUUGAUAAGGAACAUGCCGCAUUGAUGGACGAGAUGAAUAGCGUUUGCAAAGAGAAGGGGGAAAAGCUCAAGACUAUCAAGGAGAAGAGCAAGAAGUGGGACGCUCUGCAACGACAGAAGGACGAAGCCACGGCGAGGUUCGACGAAGUGCGCAAACAGGAUGAGUCGCUGCACGCAGAACUGGUCGAGACGAACAAGCGGCGGAAAGCCAACAAGGCGUCUACUAAGACGGAACAAAGCAAGCUGGAGGACCUAUUGAAAGUACCGGAGAAAAACACGAAAGACAUCGAAGAAUGCGAGCGUCUGAUCGAGACGUAUGCGGCCAAUAAGGAAAAGGAAGAGGCUUCGUUGGCGACUCUGAUGGCUAAUCUACGGGAGAAGACUGAGCCGUUGCUGAACGAGCGCUCCGAGUUGGAGCAGGAGCUGAUAUCUCUUAGGAAAAACGUGGAUCAGGCAAAGGCGGCAUACGACAUCGCGAAGUGCGAGCUGGAACUUUAUACAUCGGUGGAGAAGGUCGAGAAGGAGAAAUUGGAAAAUCUCCGGGAGUCUCUGGAAAAAACUACGAGUACUCUCAAAGAACGGCAAAAGCAGCUGGCAUUAUUCGAGACGAAGAUCCCGGCAACCGAGCGGAGCUUGAAGCAGGCGCAGAGCGAACUGGACGAGGCGAAGGCACUCGAGAUCGAGAAGACCGAUCAGCUGAAGAAGAUGCGAAUCAACUUUGAGCAGGAACGUUCCGCCAUGCAGGCCAGCAAGUCGCGGAAUCGCAUCUUAGACUCAUUGAUGAGAGAAAAACGUGAGGGUCGGCUACCUGGAAUACUUGGCAGACUGGGCGACCUGGGCGCCAUUGACGCCAAAUACGACGUCGCUGUGUCGACGGCGUGCGGUCCACUGGACGACAUCGUGGUGGACACGGUAGCCACGGCGCAGGCGUGCAUCACCUAUCUGCGGCAGCACGACAUAGGACGCGCCACAUUUAUAGCUCUGGAGAAACAGCAGCGAUUCCGGGACAAGAUCAGCCGCAGAAUCCAAACGCCGGAGAAUGUACACCGACUGUUCGAUUUGAUUAAAGUGGAGGACGAACGGGUGCUGCUGGCGUUCUAUUACGGUCUGCAAGACACUCUGGUAGCGCAGGAUUUGGAUCAGGCGACGCGCAUCGCCUACGGUAGAGCGCGUUAUCGCGUGGUGACGCUGAAAGGCGAACUGAUCGAGCUGUCGGGCACGAUGAGCGGCGGUGGGCGCACGGUAUUGCGAGGCCGGAUGGGCCAGAAGGUGGUGAGGAACGAACCGUCGACCGCCGACGUCGAAAGGCUACAAUCGCAGCUGGACGCUGUGUUCGAGGAGUGCAAUAAACUGAGAGCGAAGCAGAGACCGCUGGAGGAACAGGUCCACGUGCUGUCGACCGCUCUGAAGGAUAUGAAGGUCGACAGGCAGAAAUUCGGUAUCGAGGUAAAAGCGCUGAGCGAGCAAGAGCCGUUGUUGCAAGCGCAGCUGAAGGCGCAGGAAAAGACCGCCGCCAACUCGGUGUCGGACCCGAAGAAGGUUGCGCAAAUGCAGAAAGCGAUGGACGCGGCGAAAUUGCAUCUGGACGAGGUCGAGGGGAAUUCCGCUUCGAUAGAGAAGGAGGUCAAGCGUAUCAACAAGAAGAUAGACGAGAUUUCCGGUAGCCGGGUGCGGGAUCAGCAGGCGAAGAUCGCGCAGCUGACCAAGUCAACGGAAAAAGCCAAGGCGGAGAUAUAUCGGCUGCAGGUGGCUAUUAAAACUGCUGAGAGAAACGUGAAGAAAACGGAGAAGCACAUAGAAACGCUGGAGAGCGAUGUGCACGCCUGCGAGCAGAGACUGAGGGACAUCGGGAAGGAGAAGUCCGAACUCGAGGAACAUGCCAAAGUAAUUCUGGAUGAGUUGAAGGGAAUCAACGAGGCGCUGGUGGAACGCGAUGACGCCACGUCGACUUUGAAGGACGAGCUGAACGAGCUGCAGGCGCGUGAGGACAAGAUGAAGGCGAUGAAGAUCGACCUGGAUCAGAAAUUGAGCGAAAUUAAGAAGCGCUUAAAGGGGCUGCAGCAAGUAAUUCCCGAGGUCAAUCGAAAAAUAACGAAUCUGAAGCUACACGAGAUUCCCCACGAGGCGCUGGAGCCGCUUAAGGAUCUGGCGGAGGAGGAGAUCGCUCAGUUGGACGCGAAGAUGGUGCUGCAGAAUCUGCAGAAGGUCAGGAAGAGGCUACCCGAGCAGAUACCCAACAUGCAAAUCAUCGCGGAUUAUCAGGAGAAGGACGCGCUGUACAUGAGUCGCGCUGCCGAUCUGGAGGAGACGACGUCGGCGCGCGACAAGAUGCGCGCCAUUCACGAUUCCGUCCGGAAGCGCAGGAUCAACGAAUUCUGCGCGGGUUUCGACGUGAUCACGGCCAAACUGAAGGAGAUGUACCAGAUGAUCACGCUCGGCGGCGACGCGGAGCUGGAGCUGGUGGACUCGUUGGAUCCGUUGAGCGAGGGCAUCACGUUCAGCGUGCGCCCGCCCAAGAAGUCGUGGAAGAGCAUCGACAAGCUCAGCGGCGGCGAGAAGACCCUGAGCUCGCUGGCGCUGGUCUUCGCCCUCCAUCAUUACAAGCCCACGCCGCUGUACUUCAUGGACGAGAUCGACGCGGCGCUCGACUUCAAGAACGUCUCCAUCGUCGGUAACUACAUCAAGGAGCGCACGAAGAACGCGCAGUUCAUCGUCAUCUCGCUGCGCUCGAACAUGUUCGAGCUGGCGGACUCGCUGGUGGGCAUCUACAAGACGUUCAACUGCUCCAAGAGUAUCACUCUACGGCUGGCUCGUUACUACGAGAACAACAGUAUCGCGCCACCCACGCAACUCACUUCCAAGACCUACGCGACUCAGGCGUCGCAGAAGUCGCAGAAGUUGCCCCUGUCGCAACGCACCCAGACGAACUCGCGCAAGGAGAACACCGCGCCCGCGAAGAACAACAAUGCGAAGGAAGCAUCGAACCGGGAAAGGACGUCGCCCGCGAAGAACGAUAACGCGAACAAAACGCCGUCGGAUGCGGAGACGAACGCGAAGAAAACUCUGUCGGAUGCGGAGACAAACGCGAGAAACGACAAUAACGCGAACAAGACACCGAACGGAACGCCGUCGAAAGUCGAUACACUAAGUCUUCCGGAUUUGGCAGUAUGCCUGACGCCGCAAACGCCGACUCGGCGUUCCGCCAGGAUCGUGAGGAAGAGCACGGAAAGGGAAGAGAACGGCGUCAGCAAGGAACCGGCUAGGAAAAAGCAGAAGUCGAAGUGACUGAGCGCUUCCAGAAUCGGAGGACGUGCGAAACGAUUGCGCGAGGCUCGAGAUGUCGGCAACUAGUAUAAAUACAUACUACGAAUUGCUAUUUUAUAUUACAAAUACCAUUGCCAUUAUGUUUUUUGCAUAGUAAGUUGCAGCAUACGACUUUUCUUUUUGCAUCCCCGUAGCCAUUUAACGUUGGCCGAGGAUGCCAAGUAACGUGCCACAACUUACUGUGCGGAAAAUUAAUCGCGACGGCGUUACGGAUAAAAUAGGUAAAUAAUAGUCGAUAUAAUUUUAUAAUAUAUAAAUUUGAUGUUACACACGCGAGUUCUCAGUUUCUCUCGACUCAAGAUUUUUGCGUAAAGAAACGCAAGACAUUGGGAAUGACGUUUGUGUGUAGCGAAAUAAGAUACAGGAUCUGCUUCUUUUAUCUGCGGUCUCUUUUUCAUUUCGUUAACGUUUUUUUUCUUUUCUUAACGUUGAGAUAUGGAUAUAUAUAUUUCAUUCUGAAUAGAAAUAGUACAAUUUGGUUUCAGUUAAGAGGAGCGGAUCCAUGAUAAAAGUGCAAAAUGCAAUAUUUUUAUACGUUUGUACAUGUCGGCAGAAACUUAUAUUAAAAUAUGAUUACUAUUGAA